UCUCGGGGUUGCACACUUGCAGUAGAUGCUAGUUAUUCAAGGUCGAAGAGAAGCUAUUCAGCAAUAAUAAAUAAAUAAGAGUUGGAAUUUCUGUGAAGCUGUUUUUCUGAAACCCUCACUCGCCUGGUGCUAAGAUGGUCUCACCCGCCGGUCACCAAUCUUCCCCAUCCUGAACGCUAUGGCAUUCGGUCCGACCACCCAACUUCCUACCGUUACCGGAGAAGGAGAUUACGAGAUGGAUAUGGAGUCAGAGUCAGAUUCAGAUGCGGAGACGAUGAGGUGCAUAUCGUGUCAGGAGGACUACGACGCACAUGAUGGUGGCACCUGCAAGGAGUGCUACGACGAGGCCAACGAUACGGAGGAGGAUCUCAAGCGCGAGAUCGAAGACCUCAGAGCCAAGGUCGCUUUUCUUAAGCUCUGUGAUUCGAUGGAUUAUCCCAACCAUUACUCCACUGCCCCUACGCCCUAUUCUACUCGCUUCUCCGACGUCAUUUUGGUUGCAUUGGAAGGUACUUCCGGUGCUCCUGCCCCGGCCGUCCCGGCUCAUAAGGCUGUUCUGGCAAGUCGUUCCCCAGUAUUCAGAGCCAUGCUCGAGAAUGAAAUGGAAGAAAGUAGAAGCGGCACCAUAAAGAUCAACGAUGUAUCAUACGAGGCCCUUCGUGCUUUUGUCAACUAUUUGUACACAGCUGACGCUGAUUUUAAUGAGCAUAUGGCCUAUUCCCUGCUAGUGUUAGCUGAAAAAUAUCAGGUAAAUCAUCUCAAGAUCUGUUGUGAGAGGUUUCUGAUAUCCACUCUAAACUGGGAUAAUUUAAUUGGGAGCUAUGCCUUUGCCCACCAGCACAAUGCUAAGCUUGUCCUCGAGGCAUCCUUGUCAAUGAUAACGGAGAACAUGGACAAGCUUACAAAAAGGGAGGAGUUUUUGGAGCUUAAGGAGAAAGAUCCACACCUUAUAGUUGAAAUCUAUGAAGCUUCUCUCUCAAAACAAGUCAAUACAGCAGCCUGUAAAGAUUCUUCUCAAAAGUCAUAGCAAUGUUUACUUAGGCAAUUGUGGUUUUAUGCUGAUUUUGGGGCCAGUUUACUUCUUAGUUUCUCUGUAGAGCUUUCUGUUUUAUUGGGUUUCCAAAUUGUGAAUAGAGAAGUUUAAAAAUUCAUGGGGGUGCAUCAACUCAUCCUCUUCAAGUGUUUUUAUUUUUGUUUCUUUUCCUCAA